UGGCUGCAGCAGGGAUGAAGCUCACAGUCUUCGGUUGGCAGCGGACGUACAGUGCGAGCGGCUGCCGGAGAGACAACUUUUAUCAACUCUUCUGUCCUUUUAACUUUUUAAGACAACGAGACAGACAUUUUUAGUUCAUUUUCUCCAGCUCAGACCUGUCUGUAUCCAUUUUUUGGUGUGGCUUUUCUGCCAGCCAACUCAUGUGGUGCGUUUGAGGGUGUAAAGAAAGCACGUUGUCACCCAUUGAGGUCUUUUACUAUUAUGAAGCGUUGUGAAGGACUCAUUAUGAGGACGUGAGGUGUAGGCUUGGACUGCGACCCGAAAGGACGAGUGGGUUUCCUAUCAGACAACAAGUUGACACCAUGACGGAGGGCUAAUGACUUCUGCUUUCAAUCAGGACUUUGUCAACUUGGACUCCUUUUUUUUGUCAUUACAAGUCUGUCAUUUACUAUUUAGACCAACAAACACUCAUCCAUUGUCAGUGUUUUGGCUCUCUGUAGUCCACUUUAAAUGCAGACUGGUCUACGGUCAGUGAGAUCACACCCGAGACGCCGGUGCCAAUUGAUUGUUCAUCCGAGGCUAAGCAGAGCACACAAGUGCGUUGUGCACCAUUCCCCAUCACUAUGGAGCUGACAUACAGGAUCAUUGGCCUGUUGGGAUGCAUCUUCCUGGUCUGGGCUCUCCAGGCUUCUGCAGAGGAAGAGGUGCUGAUGAACACAAAGACAGAGACUUCUGAUCUGAAAUGGACCAUCUACUCACGGGCCAAACCAGAGUGGGAGGAAGUGAGCGGUUUAGACGAGGAGAGCAACAGUGUGAGGAUCUACCAGAUCUGUCAGACUGACAGCUCUUUCAGCCACUGGCUGCGCAGUGGCUUCAUCCAGCGACGAGGAGCCUCACAAGUUUACGUGGAGCUGCGUUUCACCAUGAUGGAGUGUUCCUCUGGGAACGGCCACCACCGCAGCUGCAAGGAGACCUUUAACCUCUACUACUAUCAGGCCGACUCCAACGAGGCAACAGCCACAUAUCCACCAUGGAUGGAGAACCCCUACAAAAAGGUUGAUACAGUGGCUGCGGACUUUCUCCUCAGGAAGGACGAGAGGAAAUCCAACAUGAAGACCUUAAGACUCGGCCCUUUGUCCAAGAGAGGCUUCUACUUGGCCUUUCAGGCUCAGGGCGCCUGCAUGGCGCUGCUCUCCGUGAGGGUUUUCUUUAAAAAGUGUCCCCCCUUGGUCAGCGCUCUUUCCUCAUUCCCCGAGACGGUUCCCCGCACUUUAGUACAAGAGGCACAAGGUGUGUGCGUGGAGCACGCCUCACAGCAGGGACCCAGACCUCGUCCUCCCAAACUCUUCUGCGGAGAAGACGGACAGUGGGUGGGCCAGCCGACCACCUCCUGUGCCUGCCUUCCUGGAUACGAGGCUGUGGACGGACACACAAGAUGUACAGCUUGUCCCGUGGGUCACUUCAAGUCCACAGCGGAGGGACAGUGCACAGUCUGUCCCGGGGCGAGCCACGCCUCCAUCAGGGGGGAGUCUGUAUGUGCAUGUCGGCCCGGAUAUUUCCGUGCACCAUCAGAUUCUCCUGACACACCGUGCACAAGACCUCCCUCAGCCCCACGUAGCAUCGCCUCCCAGAUAAACGGCACAUCGCUUCGACUGGACUGGAACGAGCCUCUGGAUGAUGGUGGCAGAGCAGACCUGAGCUACGCCAUCAGGUGUUUCUCCUGCCGGACGCCGAGGGGGCCAUGCUCAUCCUGUGGCGACAGCGUCAGCUACCGACCGGCACAACGGGGUCUGACGAGUCGCAGGGUGGAGGUGUGGGGCCUGCUGCCUCACACCACCUACACCUUCACCAUCCAGGCUCUCAACGGGGUGUCUGACCUCAGCGGCAAGGACCCUGCAAGCGAAAGUGUCAACAUUACCACCAGCUAUGACGUGCCGUCACUGGUGUCUGUGAUUCGGAAGAGUGACUCCACAGAGAGCAGUCUGACUCUACACUGGUCUGUCCCCGUGCAGCCGCACUACACCAUUCUGCAGUAUCAACUACGCUACUGUGAGAAGGAGCGGCGCAGUGAGGAUCAGUGCCAUUACACGGAGAGCAGCAAAAACCAGGCCGUGCUGACGGACCUCCGCAGAGCCACGCAGUAUGAAGUGCAGGUCCGGGCGCGCACCAUGGCUGGUUUUGGCAGCUUCAGUCCUGCGGCCGUCUUCCGCACCCUGCCUGAUGGACACGACUCUUCCUCCCAGUUCUUGGUGCCGGGCAUCCUUAUCGCUGUCGGGAUGCUGCUGCUGGUCACUUUCAUCAUUGUGGCUGCCUACUGCAUACGCAGAAGACACAGCCGCAUGAAGGAUCCAGAGCUGAGUGACAAGAACAGCCAGUACUUAGUGGGUCAAGGGGUCAAGGUUUACAUCGACCCCUUCACCUACGAGGACCCAAAUGAGGCGGUGCGCGAAUUUGCGAAGGAAAUUGAUGUUUCCUUUGUAAAGAUUGAGGAGGUUAUCGGAGCUGGAGAGUUCGGGGAGGUGUGCCGUGGCCGACUGAGGGUCCCCGGGAAAAAGGAAAACUACGUAGCGAUCAAGACGCUUAAAGGCGGCUACACCGAGAAGCAGAGGCGUGACUUCCUGUCUGAAGCCUCCAUCAUGGGCCAGUUUCAGCAUCCAAACAUCAUCCACCUGGAGGGCAUCAUCACAGCCAGCUGUCCAGUCAUGAUCCUUACAGAGUUCAUGGAGAACGGCGCUCUGGAUUCUUUUCUACGGCUUAAUGACAGCCAGUUCACUCCCAUCCAACUUGUGGGGAUGCUGCGCGGGAUCGCCUCAGGCAUGAAGUACCUGGCAGAGAUGAGUUACGUCCACCGAGAUCUGGCGGCGCGAAACAUCCUCAUCAACAGCAACUUGGUGUGCAAGGUGUCCGACUUUGGCUUGUCACGCUUCCUGCAGGAGAACUCCUCAGACCCCACCUAUACCAGCUCCCUGGGAGGGAAGAUCCCAAUCCGCUGGACAGCACCGGAGGCAAUCGCCUUCAGAAAGUUCACCUCAGCCUCGGAUGUGUGGAGCUACGGCAUUGUCAUGUGGGAGGUCAUGUCUUUUGGAGAGAGGCCCUACUGGGACAUGAGCAACCAAGAUGUAAUCAAUGCCAUCGAGCAGGACUAUCGGCUGCCCCCGCCCCCCGACUGUCCAACUCACCUGCACCAGCUGAUGCUAGACUGCUGGCAGAAGGAUCGCUCUGCGCGGCCUCGCUUCGCUGAGCUUGUCAGCGCCUUGGACAAGCUGAUCCGAAACCCCGCCUCACUGAAAAUCGUGGCCCAGGAGGGAGGAGGGCCCUCCUACCCCCUGCUCGGCCAGCGCUCGCCUCUGCCCCUCUCGUCCUGUGCGUCAGUGGGGGAAUGGUUGAGGGCUAUCAAGAUGGAGCGUUACGAGGACAGCUUCCUGCAAGCCGGACUCACCUCUGUUGAACAGCUGGGCCAGAUCAGCACACAAGACUUGCUGCACAUGGGCGUGACCUUGGCCGGCCAUCAGAGGAAGAUUCUGUCCAGUAUCCAGACCAUGAGCUUCCAGAACAAAAGCACCACACCUGUGACCUUCUAGCUCACGUGUCACACCCUCCCACCUUCCUCCUCCCCGUCAUCUGGACGUCAAAAUGUGAGCCCGGAGCACUCCCAUGACCCACUAUGAACUCAAAAGAGAGACAUAGUAAAAGGUUGUUAUUAUCACCUGGAAAUCCACGAAUCCGUCAGAGUUGCCAAGAAACUCUGUCAUCGUGGGCUGUGCUUUUUUGAUAUUGAAUGCCCCAUUUGAAGUGUCAAGCAAAGAGAGACAAAUAAAGCAGACUGAUGAAAAGCAGCUGCUUGUCAAAGAAGCUAAAGGCCAAUGACAGGGCGUCACACUCUUGUGUUAAUACACACAAGAACCACUUUGACACGUCUGCUUCCAUCUGGAUCACAGCUUUCAUAUGAAGGACACUUGAACUGUGCGGGAUUUUUUUUUUUGUAUUCAUUUGAUUUCAUCAUGACCUCCUCUUUACUCAGGUGCGGCGUGUAGAGCAGGCUUUGCUGUCCUCGCUUGGAAUCAUAAAACUCCUCUUAUCCUCCAGCGUGAAGGAUACAUGGAGAUAGGGACACAUAUCAGCACUUGUGUCGUUAACAGUGACGUGCGGGUUGGCUGAGGCAGGUGAGGCCGCGCCUCAAAAGUAAAAAAAAAACAACGAAUUAUGAUAAAAUAAAAUAAAAUGAAAAAUCGGAAGCAGAAAUUGCCAAAUUUGCACAUUUCCUUAUGGAAGACAGGGCACAAACCGGACAAAUACAGAGAAACAUAUCGGUGCUGCAGGACUUCUCACUAUGAAUGGGUGGGGGCAUGUUUUUUGUAAACUUUAUUGAAACCCACCACCAGCAGCGCCAGCUAGAGCUACAUUUAGCUACAAGUCAAAUGCACUAAAUAUAUUUUUAUGAUCUAUCUGAUGUGAUCAGACUUUUAAAAGUCGGGGUGUCCCAAUUCCCAAUACAAGUUUUUCACUUCCGCUAUCUUGUUAGCGUACUCUGUUGUGAUCACCUGAGGUCUGCAUGAUGGAGUCUGGAAUGGACUUGUUGUGUUUUUUUUAAUCCUUUCAGCCUUUCCUCCACACGGAAACGGCAUUCCGGGUGGACUUUUCCAAAAUCUACAAACGUGGUUGCCAUGUAGACAAGCAAACCUAUUCAAAUAGAGGGGAAGACCACACAUGUUUUUUUCAGUAUUAUAUUUCCCCCUCGGGCAUCUCUGUGUGGAGUUUGCAUGUUUUCCCCGUGCAUGUGUGGGUUUUCUCCGGGUACUCCGGUUUCCUCCCACAUUCCAAAAACAUGCUAGGUUAAUUGGUGACUCCAAAUUGUCCAUAGGUAUGAAUGUGAGUGUGAAUGGCUGUUUGUCUAUAUGUGCCCUGUGAUUGGCUGGCGACCAGUCCAGGGUGAACCCCGCCUCUCGCCCGAAGACAGCUAGGGUAAGCUCCAGCAUGCCCGCAACUCUCAUAAGGAUAAGCAGUAUAGAAAAUGGGUGGAUAAAAAAAGUAUUAACAUAAAAACUCUCAAGGAGAGUCAGUGCCUCACCAGCCAUGAACCUCACCGCACGUCACCGGCUGUUACAGAGGGAACGCUCAUCUCUUCUCACUCCAUGUGUGGUAUCUUUGUGUGUGAUUGGGAUAUUUCUGUAUUUCUUUUAUGAUGGAAACAACAUGGACCAAACAGGACUAGAGAAGACCCUCCAGCUGGCCUUAAAGCUGUCAGUGCUGAUGUUGAUCAUUUUCUAGUGCCAUUCUUUGGUGGAUGCCUAUCCCAAUGAAGAAUAAUAGGUCAGGUGACCUCAUUUAAAUGUACUGCAAAAGAUUGCUUUGACUGUAUUUUUACUGUAUUAUUUUUCCUUAUGUAAACAAUGUGAAAUGUUUGUUUUUUGCGUCACGCUAUACAAAACGUCCUCCUAAAGCAUUGCUAACAAUGCACCCAGUGUGCUGGAGCCCCUGGUUUUAGAAUGGAAUGCUAACAAGAGCACAGAGCGGCUGUUUGAUUAACACCCCCCCCCCCCCCCCCUUUCACUUGUCUUACUGACUACAAGCGCUUGUUAAAGGAAAAAAUUCACAUUUUUACUGAAAGAUGUGGCAUCUUUCUUAAAGGGUAAGUCCAAUAUUUCUGGCAUUUAUGACAAUUAGUUAGCAUAAUGUCCCCCAGGAGGCUGGCAGCCCUGCAGUGCAAGAGCAUCCUGCCAAAGAGCCACAUUGGAUACAAAAGAAACGCACACUGCUUCUUUCUAAAUGGCCCAUAAGACACCGAACCCCUUUUUUUUUUAGCUGGCAUUUUGGAUUUUAAUUUGCACCACUCAAGAUAAGUGAGUUAAAGCAGACAGCCCCCCCCCCACCCACCUCCAUACGCUGUACCUGUGGGGGCAGAUUCAAGCUCACAGGAGCUUAAAUAUGGCUUUCCUAUCAUCUGGGAUCAUUUUCCGUGGCUUUAAGAAGAUUGAGGUGCAAUUAACCCUCGCGCUGAUUAACCAGAAGCCGCUGAAAUGAGGGCGCAGGAAGUGUGUGACCAUUUUUUUUAUAAUCAAUACAGAGUGGACUUAAGACUCCAAUCAGUGUAAAUGAAACGGGCGCUUAGUGCGUCGUCUUUUCUAACCUUCAUCUCUGUAAACCAUGACAAGCCUUCAUCCAAAGCACUGGGAUGUGAUGCAAGACGUUCCUAUGAAGGCUGACUGGAAAAUGUUGAUCUUCAUAUUGAAGAUCUCAGUAUAGUCAGUCCACUUUGAAAUCAUGACAAAAAGAUAUGUUUGAUUACCGUCCUGUGUGUAGACUAAUUUGUAUGCAAUAUUCAUAAAUAAACAUACUCAUAAAUA